CGCUCCACCAGUGCGACGUGCGACCAGUGCUCACGCAUCAUCACCAUCACGCCACAGUUUGCCCCCAAUGGCGCUUGUGAACUUGUGAUGUUUGUGUAUGUCUUUCGCUCUGUGAGCAGAACCUAUUGAAAUGAGUGGGGAUGCCAAAACAAAAUCUGUCAGGGUUUGGUGCGACGGGUGCUACGACAUGGUUCACUUUGGGCAUGCCAAUCAACUGCGCCAAGCCAAGGCAAUGGGAGAUUAUCUCGUUGUUGGGGUCCACACCGACGAAGAAAUAAAGAAACACAAGGGCCCACCAGUGUUCACGGAACAAGAACGCUACAAAAUGGUGCGCGCCAUCAAGUGGGUUGACGAGGUUGUCGAAGGAGCUCCAUAUAUUACCACCUUGGAGACAUUAGACAAGUAUGGUUGUGACUUCUGCGUCCACGGAGAUGAUAUCACGUUGGAUGCAUCAGGUGAAGACACGUACCGGUAUGUCAAAGAAUCGGGAAGAUACAAGGAGUGCCAGAGGACUGCAGGUAUUUCCACAACGGAUUUGGUGGGCAGAAUGCUUCUUAUGACAAAGCAGCAUCACAACAGGGGGGAGCACGAGUAUGGGGUGGACAAAGAACACGCUGGCAACAUCAGCAAGAAAACAACUGAUGAUGUCUCUACAGUGUAUGAGGAUAAGUUCUCGGGAACUGACUUUCCCCAUGUGGGUGGAUUGGAGCAGAACGGACAUGGCGAUUCUACAACACAUAGCCCGUGGACAGGGAUUUCCCAGUUUCUUCCGACAACGCAGAAGAUAAUCCAGUUUGCAGAGGGCAAGGAGCCAAAGGCCACGGACAGAAUAGUCUACGUCGCCGGAGCUUUUGACCUAUUUCAUGUUGGCUACUUGGACUUUCUAGAGAAGGCCAAGGCAGAAGGGGACUACCUCAUAGUGGGCCUGCACACUGAUCCUGUUGUGAAUCGCUACAAAGGUUACAACUACCCCAUCAUGAACCUCCACGAGCGUGUGCUCAGUGUACUUGCAUGCAAGUAUGUGAACGAAGUGGUAAUUGGCGCUCCCUACGCUGUCACAAGAGACCUCAUGGAGCAUUUCAGGGUUCACAUCGUAUGUCAUGGCAAAACACCAAUCAUGGCUGACGUUGAUGGGAGUGAUGCCUAUGCAGAACCCAAGCGCUGUGGCAAGUUCAAGGUCAUCGACAGCGGCAACACCUUGACGACGCAUGAUCUCGUGCAGAGGAUCAUCCACAACCGUCUCUCUUUUGAGGCACGCAACUUUGAGAAGGAGCGCAGGGAAAUUGCCGUCUAUGACGCAUGGCUGGCAUCGAAAGAUGAGACUGCAGCUGUAACAAGUGGAUGAGAGCGGUCACGUAGCAGCCUGUGUUGCUUGUUGGUUUCGUCCGCACAGUGAAUGAAUAGCAAUUGUUCUGCACACAACUGAGGAUAUAUUUGCCAAAACACCUUUGUUACAAUAUUUACAUUCUAUUGUAUCAACUGUUUUUGUUAGAGUUCACAACCUAAUAACAAGCAUACUGUAUCUACCUUGUGCAGAAUGCUCAGUGUUGUUGCUUGAAUGCCUGGGGCAAAGCGAGGUAUUAGCUGUGUACCAUGUACUAUUGAGUUGCCUCCUCAGAAAUAAGAAGGUUACACACAUAAUCAUCAUCCGAAAGCAAAAGGUGCGCAUGAAUGUUCAAGCCAAGCUUGACAUGCACUGCACUAGUAAAUUGUUGUACAAAGAAGCAAACAAGAAUGUAUGGCAUCUGGCAUGGUUCAUAGCUGCUGCUAGAUGUUUUGCACAUCACAUUGAUGUUGUAACUUGCUACUAACUUUACUACUAAGUCAGGAAUCAACAGAGACUUUCCCGGUCUUUCAAUAUUACAUGAAAGAGCAUUGCAAGGCAUGGAAAUGCCUGCACCAUUAUUUGCCGUUUUUGAGGCAACUUUUUUAGCUCGAAAGCUACUGUCUCUUAUAAUAAAGAGAAAUUAUAUUUUAUGCCAUUCUGCAUGCUUUGUGGCAUUCGAAUGUAGAUUUUAUUUACGAGACACUCUUGAUUUACAAGUUUUUUAUACUAGUCUAUAUGGGAGUUGCUGUUACAUGCAUAAUAGUGCAGUAACAUUGUAUGUACAUGGUGGUAAUUACAAAUUUUGUGUACUUUCAA